UCAUAAUGUGGAAAAAACAUUCAUAAAGGUUAAAUUUCUCCUCCACAUAUGUUGGCGGGCUCCAACUCUGUGAAAGACAACCAGCAGGGCGUUUUUCCUUCAUUUUUUAUAAGACCUAAAUACAAGCAAAGCUCAUUUUAAGUUAGCUACAGGCUGGAACCUGGUGGCUGGAUGCUGGUAAUGAACUGCAUACUGCUCAUUGGAUACUGGCAAUGAACUAUGCAGUUCAGUGGAUACUGGACAGGUUUUUUGUUGUCGAUGGGUCCGUAGGUGACGUCACAUCCGUCGGUCUGUCACGAGUUGUUGACUUGCCUUGUUCACAUGAAACCGGGAAGUUUUGUCGGGCUCUUAACUAUUAGCAAAGAGAUUCGAAUCUCUUUGCUAUUAGCUAGCUAGCUGAGAGCCGCUGUUUCGCUGGUCUAGAAAAAUGGCAUUAACUGUUGCUAGGUAACACACUGCAGAUGGUGGCAUUGUCAGUGUGCCAGCAUUGUACCUCUAGGUCCAUGAUACCCGUACACUUUUCUAGAACUCUAACUAACUAGACUUAUAAGCCAAGUUUAGUACUCUAGCUAUAGCUAACCCGCAGUGAUAACAAGGCACUUAGCUAUGCAGAAGAGAAAAACGAAAGCGGCUUGCUAACUGGUAAGAACGCGGGUGGACACAUCUGCUCGUGACAGUCGGAGGAAUAGUGGACAAAACUCGCCCAUCACACCGGAGACCAGCUGCCAUCCGCAGGCGGCCUAGGAGACACCGAGGGAUGGAUCAACUCAAAGUCAAAGACAGAAUACUGGAAAACAUUUCCCUCUCUGUAAAGAAGCUGCAGAGCUACUUCGCCGCCUGUGAGGAUGAGACGCCGGCGAUCCGGAACCACGACCGCGUCCUGCAGCGGCUCUGUGAGCACCUGGACCACGCCCUGCUUUACGGGCUGCAGGACAUCUCCUCGGGUUACUGGGUCCUGGUCCUGCAUUUCACCCGCAAGGAAGCCGUCCGGCAGAUCGAGGAGCUGCAGCACAUUGCCACCAACCUCGGCCGCAGUCGGGCCUGGUUAUACCUGGCGUUAAGCGAAAGCUCCCUGGAGAGCUACCUCCGUCUGUUCCAGGAGAACCAGGGCUUGCUGCAGAAGUACUACUUCAAAAACGCCUUGGUCUGCAGCCACGACCACCUCACCCUCUUCCUCACCCUGGUGUCUGGACUGGAAUUCAUCCGAUUUGACCUGGAGCUGGACGUCCCGUACCUGGACGUCGCGCCUUACAUGCCCGAAUACUACAAACCCCAGAACCUGCCCGACUUCGAAGAGCGUCUGCCCAGCUCCGACAGCCUCUCCCUGCACUCCUUCACCUCGCUGACCUCCACUAACCUGGAGUGGGACGACAGCGCCAUCGCCCCCUCCAGUGAGGAUUAUGAUUUCGGUGACAUCUUCCCCGUGUUGCAGUCAAUGCCAAGUGCAGCAUGGGAAGAAGGUGACCUCACCGACCCGGUCAGCUGUCCUCGUUCUGCGGCCUCUGACCCCCAGACCGCGGUCGUCCUGCCGACGGGGGCGGGGGCGGCGGGAGCCGGGGCGGGGGCGGCGCUGGGGGCGGGGACGCCGGUGACGCCGAGGGGGCCCCCGGUCCCGCCGCGCAGCCCCACGUUUCGGCACAACCCCUUCAACGAGGACUCGGACACCAACACCUCCGCCGACGUCACGCCCGUCCACGCGGCCAGCCGGCACGACACCACCACCGGCGACGAGACGGAGAGCACCAGCACCGAGCUGGAGGUCAUCCGCCUGGCCCGGCGCAGGAAGCCGGGGAAGAAGAGGCGGGGGAGGGAGGCGAUGGAGUCGGUGAGCAGCAGCCGAAACGGCAGCCCCCCGGGGGGGGACGAGGGCGAGGAGGACUCCCAGGAACCGGGCACGCCGGGCUCCGCGCUCGGGGAGGGGUGGGGGGUCGCCUCCACGCCGGGGGCGGGUCCCGGGGCGGGCGCGGCGGCGAGGAGGAGGAGGAGGAGCGAGGGGGAGGAAGAGGAAGGUGCGGCGGAGGGGGACGAAGAGGCGGCGGGCUUGCUGAGGCUCCCCGAGAUGACGGACACCUCCAUGGAGAGCGUGGGCCAGCCCCUGAGGGAGGUGAUGGACAGGCUGGAUGGCGCCCUGGACGGGCAGGGCUGGGGGGAGGGCGAGGGGGGGGUGGCGGCGGCGGCGGGCUCCACCCCCGAGGCUAAAGCCAGCUCCCCGCCCCCUCAGCAGCAGCCCUUUCGGGGGGAUUCCGGGGGGGAGCCGCCCGACCCGUCUCCCCGGGACCGUCCCGUGGCCGCGGACCCCAACUUCCUGCGGGCCCCCCCGGCCCCUGCCGACUUCUACCGCUUUGCCCCCCACAGUCCAGAGCCUGCUGCCCCGGGUGGUGGGCACCAUGACCCUGCAGGGCAUGGCCAGCCGCCGGCUCUACAUGGUGGCCAUGAAGAUGAGGGAGAAGCAGAGGGACAGGGCCCUUCCCUCGCCGUAGCCACGGAGGAGGAGGAGGAGGAGGAGCAGGAGGAAGAGGGGAAGGAGGGAGAACGGGAAGUGCGGGCGGUGCCAGUGGAGAACGGCACCGGCCUGCCAGAGAACGGGGAGGAGGGAGAGCCGGACGAGGAAGAGGAAGAUGGCGAAGAGAACAGGGCCAGUCCGGUGGACGGGACCCAUCCUGCUGAGUUCAGGGUGGACAACAACCACCUGCUGCUGCUCAUGAUCCACGUGUUCAGGGAGAACGAGGAACAGCUUUUCAAGAUGCUGAGGAUGAGCACAGGCCAUAUGGAAGGGGACCUGCAGCCCCUCUACCUGCUGCUGACAGACUGCUACAUCUACCUGCUCCGCAAAGGGGCCGCUGAGAAGCCCUACACAGUGGAGGAGGCCGUGUCCUACAAUGAGCUGGACUACAUUUCUGUGGGCCUGGACCAGCAGACCAUCACACUGGUGUGCACUAACAGGAGGAGGCAGUUCCUGCUGGACACCGCUGACUCCUCCCUGACUGUCUGGUUCCUGGCGGUGCUGAGGUCGGCGAUGGUGAAGGGCUGCCGGGAGCCACCGUACCCCUCGGUGCUCACCGACGCCACCAUGGAGAAGCUGGCGCUCACCAAGUUUGUGUCUCAGGAGUCUCAGUGUGAGGUAUCGGACGUGUGCAUCCGGCUGUAUUCCCUGGCUCACUGGGAGGACCCCAUGGACGUGUCUGUGGCCCCCCAGGCGGGGCCGCGCAGGCCCUCGGACUCCGGCGCCACUAAGGAGGGGCCGCUGCUGUAUCGGGCCGGGACCACCUACCUGGGCAAGGAGCAGUGGAAGAGCUGCUACCUGGUGCUCAGCAACGGGAUCCUGUAUCAGUAUCCGGAGCGGACGGACGUGAUUCCACUGCUGUCCAUCACCAUGGGGGGGGAGCACUGUGGGGGCUGCCGCAGGGCGAACAGCGUGGAGAGACCCCACUCCUUCCAGGUGAUCCUGACCGAUCGCCCCGCACUGGAGCUGAGCGCCGAGAACGAGCAGGACAUGGCCGAAUGGAUGCAGCUGCUGUGCCAGUCUGUCUCCAAAGGGGUGAUCCCACAGGGCGUGGCGCCCACCCCCUGCAUCCCAUGCUGCCUCGUGCUGACGGACAGGAAGCUGCUGACGUGUCAUCAGGACUGCCAGACCAGCUUCUUCCGCUCGCUGGGAGGGGCGGACCUUUGUGACAUCACAGGCGUCUGCCUGGAGAGGGACCGGGAGUACUGCAUCAUCGAGUUUGCGGGGGACCGCGCUCACUUCCUGCCCCCCUGGGUCCUGUACUUCAGCGGCAGUGAGGGGGACGCUGCUGGCUCUGGCGCCUGGAGACAUUGGGUGGAAGAGAGCGUGUCCCUGCCCCAGAGGGUCGUGUCGGACCCGUGCGUGCAGAAGCGCUGUGGGGAGGCGCUGGCUCUGAUCAGGAGCGCGUGGCAGCGUAGCGACAGUCUCCAUCGGGGGCGGGCCCAGAGAGAGCCCUGGUGCUGAGCCUGGGGGGGGUGGGGGGGGGGGGGGACAGGGGGACAGGGUUUCAGCGCUGUAGCGCUAGCAUGAUGGAUUAUUAGCACACUAUUAAUGGGUACGUAUAGCAGCAGCUCUGCUGGGAGAAGCAGGAUUCUGGGAUGGUUCUGUUUUUUAGGUCAGGACUCCGUUGACUGCAGCCCUGGGACCGGCUCUUCAGGUUUGCCUGGUGUUUGGGCAGCCUCGCCGUUCUCCCUCUGGCACGUGCGUUUACCCUGCAGGGGUUCUGGGUGAAAGACUGCAGUCCCACUCAAUCACUCCCCCCCCACCCCUUUCGCCCCCCUUUCACCCACCGGUCUCUGUUAUAGACCCGCCCCCCUGCAGUGCAGACAUUCAGUUCAAACGCAGCCCGUGCUCAACGUUCGCUUCUGGAUGGAAAAAAUCCAUUUCUUUUGACAUUGCCAAUAUGUAGUGCAUAUUGUGUUGGUGCAUGACAUGAGAAAAACCAAUUAGCGAACAUUGCCAUUUGGACAAUACGCUCAGUCAGUCAGUCAGUAGCAGGGCUUGUUUUUGUUUUUUUUGUUUUGCACAAGUCAGUAGACCACUUUAUUACUGAAUUCUGCUACAGUGCAUCCCCAAUCCUGUGGGUUUGUCCUCAGCAUACAUAUCUACGCCUCGCAGAACCACUGUGCCUCGCUGUACUCGAAGGGUUAGAGAGCCCUCCCAGCCUUCACAAAACGUUCUCACAGCGUUACUGGAACGUUUAUUGUCACACUCGUAACAUUGCCACAGAAUUGCAGCGACGUCGCGAGAUCGUUUUUGUGUUGACAUUUUGCGUCUGGGCUGGGAGUGGCACAGGUUACUGAAGUGCUCGUGGGAAGUGGUAGAGGCCACUAUGAAAGGCUUUCAUUUUUAUUUUGCCUGUAUAAGCUGCAUUCCUGUCCAUGUAUUCCAUUAUCUAGAUUUUCUUUUUAUCUUGGUUGGGAUAGAGAGGGAGCUCAAAGUCUCCCGGUUCUGUGGUAGGGAGGUACUGUAUGUGAGGGCGCAGGGACAAUGACACGCACACACUCUAAGCCAACCGGAAAAUAACCCAACGCAUGGGAAAGAGGCACUCGGCUGGACAGAUCGUUUUGCUAGCUAUGGACAUACUGUACAAUCUUUUCCGUGUUGAUUGUUUUCCUAUUCUUGUUUAGUGUGAACUAAUUUAUCAUUGUGUGUGCGUGUCUUUGUGUGUGUGUGUGUGUGUGUGUGUGUGUGUGUGUGUGUGUGUUUGUGUACUUGAGAUAUGCUUUUUCUUUGAAUUUUUUUCUGUCCGUAUGGGAGCAAUUGUUGCAACUGAUGUGCAAACUAACCAAGUUACAUUUGUGAUGUGCUUUUUUCCAUGUGAGAACAAUUUAUUUUUAUGUAGUUUUUUUUCUUCCCCCCUUUGUUUUAUUUACUGCAGAAUGGUCGUGUGCUGAUGUCUGUGCCUGAGUGUGUAUUACGUGAGUGCUCGACAGCGUAUGAAGCAGUCUGUGGUGGGCAGUGAAACAGCACCCUCUGCUGGCCGCUGCUGAAUAGCGCAGGUGUAGCAGAGGGGAACUGCAGUAUGAAUCCCAUCCCACAAUAGACUCAUAUGGGCUGCUCUGAUUGGUUGACAGCAAAGAUAGUGCAGCAUGUGCACAGGAAGAGAGUGAGCCUGAGGAUUUGACUGACAGCUGCUGAAACCAGCCGGACUAGCGACAGACAGCUACAGACCCAAAGCGAUGUUAUUGUUAGCACUGUCAAUAGCAGAGUGGGCUUGCUUUUUACAUACAGUAAAUACCCUGUUCCUGAUGCUUUCCUUUCCUUAUUCAUUGAAGGUGUAGUGUAGCGAAGGUGCAGGGAACGUUUUGGCUUCUGACAAACCCAGUCGAGCUGAGGUAUUUCCGUGUGACGUCAUCCUGGCUGUCUCUGGGACUUCUCUAAUGGGAGAGGCCUCGAUAUGGUUCAGGCACUAGUUUUGCACAGUUUGUGAAGGUACUGUUGGCAUGCCAACACACGACGGACUUGUACAGUGUCACUGUUGUGAGUGCGCUUUCAAAUGAGAUUGACCCGUUUGUGUCUUUGUGUGACUCAUCUAGUUUACAGCAGUUACCCCUGCGCUGCUGCACAGUGCACUGUGAGUGUUUCUGUUUCCAAAAUGCCAAUCUCAGUGUGUAAUAAUGUACACAUUUAGAAAUUUUGAUAAUUUAUCAUCCUAAAUAUUGUUGGAUGGUGACGUGUGACGGAAGGUAGAAGUCUCCCAGAAGGGGGAGAGGGAGGUACUGUGACUGCCCCUGUGUCUGUAUGUGUCUGUUUUCAUCAGGGUAACCGAUAAAGUUAUGGGUGAAAUUUGAAUCGAAUGGAACUUGGCUGAUAAAUGGUUGGUUUUUGGACGAUAAUUAAAUUGUUCUUUUUUUUUUUUUUUUUUUGACUGCAGUGCCUGUGAGGAAUGCUCAUAAUUGGCUGCUCAUUUGUGUCUGUGGCCGUAAGAAAAACCGAAAAUGGAAAAGAAAAUUUGUCCAUUGGAAAAAUUACCGAAAUAGUUUAACAGAAGGUGUUAAAUUGACAGCUAGUUGGAGGUUCGGGACUUGUUGAACACACUACACUGUGAGCACGUUUUUUUUUUUUGAGUAUCUUAAAUGACAGGCGUAUUAGAGCCUGUAUCAGAAGAAUUUCUACAUCUGAAAAGAUACGUCGGUACGUGCGGAAAAAAAAUAAGCCUAUAAGCCACAGCUUUCAUGUGCUCAAAACGGAGUAUUGCAGUUUUUAGCAGUGGUUAUGAAAUGGUUUCAUAACAUUGCGUAUUUGUGAUGCCAGGCCUCAGUUCAAUUCCACUGUGGGUCAUGCUCCAGAGUGUCUUAGAGCCAGACUCAGGAGACUGAAGAGUGUACCCCAGUGGGAAAGGGAGAGGACCGCACUGUAGCUGUACCGAGCUUCCCUCUCUACACCAGCCCUUUCACACUCUUACUUUAAUUUUACGCCACAUUUCUUCUCCGACGUCUUUCCUCUUUAUCCUUUCAUCAGGAGCCCAAUCUACACUGGGUCUCGGAUUGUCGGUGGUUUAAUCGUCCAAAGGAAGAGGUGCAGCGAAACUUUGAAAGAGUACCAUGAAAGCAAGUUGUCAAGAUUUAAUAAAACACUUUUUUUGGCAUUAAACGUGAGAUGAACAGUCUCAGGAAUGUAGAAAGAAACGUGCCUGGAUAUUUUGACAUGGCUGGGCAGUGGUGGAAUACAGCUGUUGAUUGAUGGGAGUGUUACAUGGCAGAGAUGUGUCUAUUUAACAUGUUUUAUCUUCAUUUAACGGAUGUAUUAUGUGCAGCCAUUUCUUUUUCUAUUUGAAGUGAGCAAAGUGAGAUGAAUGUAUUCUAACUCUCCUCAAACAAGCAUUAAAAUGCAUGUUAUGAAGUACUUUUUUAUAUUACAUUAAUAUGAAGAUGAAUAUGUACAUAUAAAAUAAUGUUUGUAAAUGGGGUGCAAUAUGAAUAAAUCAUUCUAAAUAACA